GGAAAAAAAAAAAGAAAGUAAAAGAAAACGUAUUAAAAUAAAAAAAAAAACGUUCACAAGAAUCAAAAGAAAAUAGAAAGUAAAAAGAAAAACGUGAUAAAAUAACAAUACAUCAAAGACCAGAAACAAUUGCAAAGGGGACGUGCAACAAACCUAACCAACCAAUGCAAUGGAAACUCUCCUAGGGUCCUCGCCCUUGCCCAGUGCACCGACGUCGACGGCGCCUGCAACAACGCCUGCAAUGACGCCUGCAAUGACGCCUGCAACGACGGCUGCAACACCGAUGGAGAACGGCUUGGAGCGUCAGGCGGGAGGCGGCCCUUUGUCCCUCGCCGGAUCGGGGUCGAUCUUCCAGCGGAUCCGCCUUUCGGUCCUAGGGCCACGCCCUGAUCCCUCGGGUCGCGAAAGCCACGCCUCUGGGGCCCUGAGCCACCCCUCUGACGUCGGAAGCCACGCCUCUGGGACCCUGAGCCACGCCUCCUACCCUCGAAACCCCACCCCCGAUGUCAUAAGCUCCGCCUCUGACGUCAUAAGCCACGCCUCCUACCCUCGAAACCCCACCCCCGACGUUAUAAACCCCGCCUCCUACCCUCGAAACCAGCCUCCCUCCUCCUCCUCCACCUCCUCCUCCUCCUCGUCCUCCACCUCGUCCUCCACCUCGUCCUCCAUCCGGACUAUCGAAUGGGAUAUGAUGGACAAAUGGAAGUUUUUCCCGCUGUCGGUCCUGAGCUCGUUCUCCGUGCGCUGCCUCCUCUACCCGUUCACCGUGGUCAAGACGCGCAUCCAGAUCCAGCGGCACUCCGAGGUCUACCGCGGCACCUUCGACGCCUUCCGCAAGAUCUCACAGUUUGAAGGCAUCGCCGGCCUAUACCGCGGCUUCUGGGUCAGCGCCUUCCAGCUCGUGUCGGGGAUCUUCUACAUCACGACCUACGAGAACGUCCGCUGUUUCCUGAAGGAGGAGGGCGUCCGGGACUCCCGCCUCAGGGCCCUGGUGGGGGGAGGCUGCGCGUCCCUCGUGGGCCAGACCAUCAUCGUCCCCUUCGACGUCAUCUCGCAACACAUGAUGGUCCUGGGCCAGAGAGAGAGCUCUGGGGGGGGAGGGGGAGGGGGAGGAGGGAGGAGGAGGGGGCUCGUGGUCAACCCGCUGAAUAUCGAGUACAAAGGACGGGGGAAAGUGACGGUCCAGCGCACGGGGAGCUUCGCGCAGACCUUCCGCACGCUGUGGGCGGAGGAGCAGCUCGGCAUUUUCACCAAGGGCCUUUCGCCGAGGCUCUUCCAGUCGGUCGUCUUUUCGUUCAUGAUCAUCUUGGGGUACGAGAGCGUGAAGCGCGUCUCUGUGAGCGAAGAGUUCAAGGAGGAGGUGAGGUGGUGAGAGGAAGAGAGGGAAGGAGGAGGAGAGAUAAAGAGGAGAAGGAGGAGGAGAGAUAAAGAGAGAGAUAGAGAGGAAAGAGAGAGAGAGGGAGAG